AUGGCCAAACACCGUAAAUCAGUCCUCCUCAUCUCGACCGACCCAGCACACAACCUCAGUGAUGCCUUCUCGCAAAAGUUCGGCAAAGACGCACGACUAGUCGAAGGCUUCACAAACCUCUCCGCCAUGGAGAUCGACCCAAACGGCAGCAUCAACGACCUAAUUGCGUCGGGCGGCGACGAAGCGCAGGACGCCAUGGCGGGACUAGGCGGAGUAGGGAACAUGAUGCAAGACCUCGCCUUCAGCAUACCGGGCGUGGACGAAGCCAUGUCUUUCGCCGAAGUCCUCAAACAAGUCAAGAGUCUCAGUUACGAAGUCAUCAUCUUCGACACCGCACCCACGGGCCACACCCUCCGCUUUCUACAGUUUCCCAGCGUCCUCGAAAAAGCUCUCGCCAAAGUCCACCAACUCUCCCAACAAUUCGGGCCCAUGCUCCAGGGCUUCCUCGGUCGCAGCGGCGGCCUUCCCGGCGGCGCCAACUUCGACGAGCUCGUCCAGAAACUCGAAACUCUCCGCGAGACCAUCUCCGAAGUCAACGGGCAAUUCAAGAACCCCGAAAUGACGACCUUCGUAUGCGUCUGCAUCGCGGAGUUCCUCAGUCUGUACGAGACAGAGCGUAUGAUCCAAGAGUUGUCGAACUACCAGAUCGACACGCACUGCAUCGUAGUCAACCAAUUACUUUUCCCAAAGAAAGGACUCGAUUGCGAUCAGUGCAAUGCCAGGAGGAAAAUGCAGAAGAAAUAUCUAGAUCAGAUCGAUGAGCUAUACGACGAAUUCCACGUGGUAAGGAUGCCGCUGUUGACGGAGGAAGUAAGAGGACCGAAGAAGCUGGAGAGCUUUUCGGAGAUGCUCAUCACGCCAUUCCAGCCGCCGUCAGAGGACUGA